AGUGAAUUUAAUAUUAUGUAUAAAUUACUACUUCUCAGUUACUUGUUGUGUGAAGGCUUUAUUGUUCUGCAAGCGGAGUACCCAUAUUGCUUUCGCUUUACUUGGAUUGGCCCGUUCCAAGCAAAAAAUAUGAUUGAUGAUUUGACUUGCGAUCAAUUACGUGGGGACUCCAAAACAAUACCUUGCAGAAAACCAUUAGUAGUGACAGACAAUGAUAAAGCACCAGACACAGCAGAUAUAUGGCAUGCAAAUAAAGACAAUCCAGAAGCCUUUGCUUGUCCUAUGCACUCUGGCCAGAUGUGUGUUAAGUACUCAUAUUUUUACAAUAAAGCAGUUCAGAAUAUAACAUACAUGUGUGCCAAAGUCAAUACAACGGCGGGCUGCUAUAAUCAGAAGUUCAUUUCAGGCGCAGCAGUGGAAGUGUGUGUUUGUGAAUCGAAGUCGGACAUGAUGCCUUGCAAUUAUGCAUACCCCGUGUAUGGCACUGGUGAGCGCCAAUGGAGUACCAUGUUAAUGUGUCUGGUCAUAGCCAAAAUAAUUUACCGCAUUUUUAAUAUAAGCUGACAGAUUAGAAGUUAAUGCAAAUGCGAAACUCGAUUUAAAUUUUUGUGUGAUUAAUCAAGCGUGGUUAGAACCACAAAUUAAUUAUAGUUGUGCGAGUGUUCAGUAA